CACGCCGCGGAGGCGCCGGGGCUCGGCCCCUGCAGCCGGGCGCGGCGGGGUCAGCGGCGGCCUCCGUCCGGCAGCAGACGCCGGGGUUCACUGAACCGGCCGCGGCGAGGAGGAGGAGCCGCGGGGCGGGGGCGGCCGGCGCGCCUCCCCUCCCCCUGCACACGCCGGGGCUUCUCAGUGGCCGCCGGAGGAGGAAGUUCCGCUCCCUGACAGACCCGUGCGGUAGCAACAGCGGCGGCGGCGGCCGUUGGAGCCGAGGGCUCAGGUAUUUUGGACGCGAUUGCCCUUCGCGCCAGCCGUCGAGGGGACAGCGGCGGAGCCUGCCCGGCGGCGUCGGCCGAGAGCGUCUUCCUGCCACUUCACGCCGCGCGGCUGCUGGCCCUUCCCCGCGAGGUGGGAGAAAUUUCCUCCCUCUUCUCAGACUUCCGAGGAGAUCGGUGGUUUUUUUUAAAAAUUAUUCUUUUUACUACCGCGAAGGUUAAGAGAUCUGGAAGAGAAGCGUCAGGGGAGAGUAAGUGAAUCUUCGACAACUCGUCGGAUCUCGCCAGGCUCCCUUUUGGGGCGAGGGACCCCAUUCAGGCAUCUCAGUGGGGUGCAGGCAUGGAGGAACCCACCUUGGAGCUUAUCUGCAGUGUGGCUUGCCUGGUCUUCUCUUAGGAAUGAAGAGGAGACUUGUGAGAACCCGAUGAGGCGCUGACGGCCAAAUGGCAAAGAAGCUGCCACAGGACCUUGAAGUAGAGAGCGUUCGGGCGGCCGCGCAGGUUUCUGAAUGUAAUUGAAGGAGUGUGAAAGAGGUGAUCUCUUAAAAAGCACAAGAAUCCUUCAAGGGAGGCGAGAUCGAGCCCCCUCCCGCCGCCGUCCCCCUCCCCCCUUUUCGGCCAAGAUUGUGAAAACCGUUGGAUGUGUUGCACACUUGGGCUAAGAUGAGAACUUGAUGCGGUGUUCUGUCUAGAGCGAAGACGAUGACCGCCCCAGCCCUGCUGCCUCUGUCUGGACGUAGGAUACCGCCUCUGAACCUGGGGCCGCCCUCCUUCCCGCAUCACAGGGCUACCUUGAGACUUUCGGAGAAGUUCAUCCUUCUGCUUAUUCUUAGUGCCUUCAUCACCCUGUGUUUUGGGGCAUUCUUCUUCCUUCCAGACUCUUCGAAACACAAACGCUUUGAUCUGGGUUUAGAAGACGUGUUAAUUCCUCACGUAGAUUCCGGUAAAGGGGCUAAAAACUCUGGAGUCUUCCUGAUCCAUGGACCCGAUGAACACAGGCACAGGGAAGAAGAAGAACGUCUGAGAAAUAAAAUUCGAGCCGAUCAUGAGAAGGCUCUAGAAGAAGCAAAAGAAAAAUUGAAAAAGUCAAAGGAGGAAAUCCAGGCAGAAAUUCAGACAGAGAAAAAUAAGGUAGUCCGAGAAAAGAAGAUGAAAGAAAACAAGUCACUGCCACCAGUCCCUCUUGCAAACCUUGUAGGAAUAAGUGGUGGGGACCCAGAAGAUAAUAACGUAAAAAAGAAAAGGGAAAAAAUUAAAGAGAUGAUGAAACAUGCCUGGGAUAAUUACAGGGCGUAUGGAUGGGGACAUAAUGAACUCAGACCUAUUGCAAGGAAAGGACAUUCCACUAACAUAUUUGGAAGUUCACAAAUGGGUGCUACUAUAGUAGAUGCUUUGGAUACCCUUUAUAUCAUGGGACUUCAUGAUGAAUUCCGGGAUGGGCAAAACUGGAUUGAAAAUAACCUUGACUUCAGUGUGAAUUCAGAGGUGUCUGUGUUUGAAGUCAACAUUCGAUUUAUUGGAGGCUUACUUUCUGCAUAUUACCUUUCUGGAGAAGAGAUAUUCAAGACUAAAGCAGUACAAUUGGCUGAGAAACUCCUUCCUGCUUUUAACACGCCUACUGGGAUUCCCUGGGCAAUGGUGAAUUUGAAAAGGAUUUUGCUUCUUCCAGAUGUGUUCAUCACUGGCUCCUUCUCAUCAUUCAGUGGAGUUGGGCGAAACUGGGGCUGGGCUUCUGCAGGUAGCAGUAUUUUGGCUGAAUUUGGUACACUCCAUAUGGAGUUUGUCCAUCUCAGCUACUUGACAGGAAACCUGGUUUACUACAACAAGGUCAUGCAUAUUCGGAAACUGCUUCAGAAAAUGGAUCGUCCAAAUGGUCUUUAUCCAAAUUAUUUGAACCCAAGAACAGGGCGCUGGGGUCAAUAUCAUACAUCCGUUGGUGGUCUGGGAGACAGUUUUUAUGAAUACUUACUAAAAGCUUGGUUGAUGUCAGAUAAAACAGACCAUGAGGCGAGAAAAAUGUACGACGAUGCUAUUGAGGCUAUAGAAAAACAUCUUAUUAAAAAAUCCCGUGGAGGUCUUGUCUUCAUUGGAGAAUGGAAGAAUGGUCACUUGGAAAAGAAGAUGGGACAUUUGGCCUGCUUUGCUGGGGGAAUGUUUGCUUUAGGAGCAGAUGGUUCCAGAAAGGAUAAAGCUGGUCACUACCUAGAACUAGGGGCAGAAAUUGCACGUACAUGUCAUGAGUCAUAUGACAGAACUGCCUUAAAGCUAGGUCCUGAGUCAUUCAAAUUUGAUGGUGCAGUAGAGGCUGUGGCUGUCCGGCAGGCUGAAAAGUAUUACAUCCUCCGUCCAGAAGUAAUUGAAACUUAUUGGUACCUAUGGCGAUUCACUCAUGAUCCCAGAUACAGGCAGUGGGGCUGGGAAGCAGCACUGGCUAUUGAAAAGCACUGCCGAGUCCGUGGUGGGUUUUCUGGGAUCAAGGAUGUAUAUUCUUCUACUCCUACACAUGAUGAUGUACAGCAGAGCUUCUUUCUUGCUGAAACAUUGAAGUAUUUGUAUCUGCUGUUCUCCAAUGAUGACCUUUUACCUUUAGACCAUUGGGUAUUUAACACAGAGGCACACCCUCUGCCUGUGUUACAUUUAGCCAACACCACACUUUCAGGUAACCCUGCUGUUCGAUGAAAGCAGCUCCAGAGGACCAUUCUUACCUGUGUUUUGUUUACAUGGACCACUACAGAAAUUAGUCUGGAGAGGCGGCUUUUGAAAACCUGGACCUCAACACGACAGGGUGAAACUAUUCCCUGGAAGACUUUCAACAUGUAGAUACAUCAACUUUGAAAUUAUUCCAUUUUAUACUUGACCAAAAUAUGCUCUGGUACAUGUAGGGCAGAGAGCUGAUAUGCUUUGAUUCUGAAAACAUGGUCACAAGAGAAAUGAAGCCUAUUACUAUUACAUUGUUUUUAGAGUCCUGAAGUCUAGAGACUAGACUUCCUAAGAGAAACGAAGACUGUAUAGCACCUUGCAGGAGUCAGAGAUGGCCUCUGGAACCACUUCCAUGUUUGUUUCUUCCCUCAGGGGAGCAGCUUUCAAGUCAAAUAUAUACACAUUAUUUUUCCCUUUUUUUCUCCAUUUUAACAAUGAAAUGAACUAAGAUGAACAAGAACAAAAGAACUAUAUAAUUGGAUUAUCAGAAAGAAGACUCCAAAAAGAAACAGAAGUACCUAUCCCUGUCUAAAUGUUCAAGUUCUCCAUUGGAUGACCAGAGUGGCAAUCAUUUCAGAUCCCAGUCUAUUUCACUGAAAUUCUUGAUUAAAUUCCAUUUUCUCUGGGGGCAUGAUCUGGCAAAUAAUACUCUUCCAGUCUUUUUCGCCAUGUGGAAUCAUUAAAACUACUGUUUAUCAUAACCACCAUGAGCCUGGGUUUGGGGUUUUGUGCAUGUAGUUCAGUCCAGUGUUGGUAGCAUGACAAAAAAGUGGGGGAAGUGAUGAGCUGGUUGCCUUGAACUCUGUUCUAAGAGAAGUCCUUGGUUUUGUUGGUAGGAAGUUUUUCUUCCAAACCGGCAAAUCUACCAAGUAAAUUUUACCUGCUUUAAUCUCAUAAUAAAACUAGCAGAUUCACUCAACUUACAACUUUAUUUAUUUCACUUGGCAAGAUUCACUAUUCUAUCACAUAGUUCUGAAUUUGCCCUGAUAAUUCAAAUUACUUUUAUAAUUUAUUAAAGCAAAAACAGAACAAUGAAGCUUCCUUAAAUAUUCUGUCUGGAAUGGGGAUAGGGGGUCCUUUUUCACACCAGAUGAAUGAGCUGUUCUUUGCUUUUUUAGUUUCUCCAAGAAUAUUUAUAGAAAUCCAAAGAGUUAAUAGCUUCAAAAUAAUUUUCAGUGAUAAAAGUAUGGUAUAAUUAAUCAUGUUACACCAAAUUGGGGUAUAUCAAAGGGACUUUCUUUUAUCAGUAGUUUUUGCAUUGAUACUUCUUUUUAAAUAAAUUACUGGUUCUUUAUAUUUUGGUAGAAAGAACUUAAAUUUUGUCAAGAACUGUAACAUAAGCUAAAUACCUAAUACUUACAAAUUUUAUGUCUCUUAGAUUUUUGUGACAAUGCAAGACAUUUUUUCUCCUUUCAUUUAAUAUAAACAGUUUCCAUUGACAUUAAUAAAAGUUGGAAAAAAUCUGCUUAGUCCAACAUUUACUCUGAAUUUGAGUAUUUCAUGAAACGGAUUUGUAUAGGAAGCCCACUUAGGAAUUCUGAAGGCUUCUUUCUUUAUUUGAUAGCUUCUCUUUUUAAUCUUCUGUUAACAGGUAAUAUAUUAAAAUUGGAAAGAAAUAGUAAGUUAAUAUAAUUAAAUAUUUUCUAAUGGUUAUCAUCUUAUCCCAUAAAUCAAUCCAGUCAUUGAUCCAUAGUGAUUGCCAUUGUAGAAUCUUUCAAUAAGAAUGGAGAGCAGUUAAGUCUUUAAGAGAAUUGAAUUUUAGUACGUUUUAAAUUAUAGCAUCUUUUACUACUUGAAAAUUAAAAAAUUUUAAAUGAAAGGUGUAGAUAACGUUACCUUAGAAGAGAAACAGGAAGUUUUAGGCUCUCCAAAAAAAGUUAGCCUUCCUCCUAAAAAUAGCACAAGCCCACUUAUAAAUCAUCAAUAAAGAGUGGAAAACUUGAGUUGGCAAAGACCCAGAGCAGCUGUGAAGAUGGCAGUGAACCUUCUCUCACUUUGUUUAGAAGGAUGUGGAGUUAGGGGCUAUCUUAGCUCCCUGGGAAGAGAGCAGAACCCUUGCCCUCAAGUGCUCUGUCUGUAUUACUUGGGUGACUAGAGCUUAAGAGAAGACACAGAUUGUGUGUGUGUGUGUGUGUGUGUGUGUAUGUGCACGUGCACAUGCGCAUGCACAAGACCAGUUCUGGUCCAUGCAAGCGAUCCAGGAGGGCCAGCGGAAGGGUCUUCUUCUCCAGUCCCUACCUUCUUUGUGAUCAUAAGACUACAGCUUAUAGCAUUGCUUCCAUUUUUUUGUUCUCUUAAUACCAAAGGCAAUUAAAGUCGGCUACAGAUGAUUUGCCUGUGUCAUAUUUUAUUUUUGCUAUGGAUUUUUAAAUUAUUUCCUCAAAGGUCAAUCCUUAUCCCAUAUUCUGCUUCAUUUUCAGGAUUAUUCUUUACAUCGUGCUGUCCUUCAUAUCCCUUCAUAGACCUUAUUACUCAGGUUAAAUACUCAUUGCAUUUAUAAGACCUUCAGCAGAGAGCCCAAAAAUGCCCCUUGCCAGGUGCCUCCUCAAAGAGCUGACACCUCACCUUGCGCCUUUGGCACAAAUAUGCAGAGUAGAUAGAUCAAUUGGUACAAUAAUGUUGAACACCCCUCUUCUACAUUUAUAUCUCUUCAUUUUAGAAUCACACUGUUUGAUUCAAACCAGGUUUGUUUAUUUAAUAAUUCAGUCAGUAUAAGAUUUUUAAAAUCAAGAGAAUGGUAUUCUAACCAAAAAGAGGCCUCGGUGCAGAAAAAUAAGUCCCCCGUCAGUGAGUUCUUACUUUCUGGUGCUCUUUUGAACACCUACUUAUUCUUACUUGUAGCAGAUGCUUAUAUGUAAGAAUAAAACCUGGAUGUUGAAGAACUGCAUUCUUUUUGUGCAGUGUUGACCCUGAUUCUCUGUGAUGUCAUCUGGGGCAAUCCAGGGCUUCACUUAGUAGAUUUUAAUCAGUCAGUUUGAAAUUGUGAUCAUUAACCUUUCAUCUUUACUCUCCAUUGCCAAAGUCUUUGUCAAAACUAUUGACAAAGGAUUGUGCUUACCAUUCUCCUUAGAAUGCAGUUUCUCCUUCAGGCUGGAUUUCUUUGAGUGCAUGAGUAGGUGAGAGAAUGAAUGAUCAGCAUUUGUGGAGUACCUACCAUGUGCCAAGCAAUGUGCCUGGCACUUUGAAACAUUAGAACAUUCUAUGAGAUCCCAGUGGCAUUUUCUGUGUGAGAGUAGUUCGUGCCAUUUUCCAAUAUGAAUAUUAUAAAAUCCAUAAUUUUAUAUUUCAUUUAAAUUAAAGAGGAAAAGAAUGAUUUAUAAUAUAUUUUAAGCAAUGUAUUACUGUAUAAUACUAACAACUAUAAUUAUAGUUAGUAUCUAAAAUCUCUUGAGAAAUAUCAAAGAAAUAUUUGAUUUCUGAUACAACUUUCACUAAAAUAUUUACUUUAGAAAUAAAAGCAUUCUUAUUUUGCUAUGUCACUUUAAUUGCAUAAUUAAAAUCAAUAUUUUAUAGAAGUAAUGAUUAUUUUAUAUUCAAAAGAGUCACAUAAUCAUGGGUAAAACUUGCAGUUGUAAAUUGUCUUUACAUUUCUUAAUAUAAAGAAAAAUAUACUAAAAUAUUCUAAGUUCCAAGUAACAGUUUCUAGUAACAGUGUUUCAAAUUAUUUUUCCUUAGGUUUCCUUAUUCUGAAAUGGGCUAGCUCCUAUCUUAUCCACUCUUUACAUAGGUAUAUACAUAAAUUAAGUAAUAUACAGUUUUUAUACUGUCUUGUUACAUAACACAGUUGGUGAAUGAUUUUGGCUGCAAAAAUUAUAGACAGAAUAUUUGAAUAACCAUAUGUUAUUGAAGAUAUUUUAAUCCAUUAUUGGGGUUCAAGAACAUUGGUGACAGUUUUCUGUGACUUCAGCUCAUUCACAUCAUAAGGGUGCUGUUUAGUUCUACAUCCAGUCAGAAGGCUUCUCUGUGAAGGGCCAGAUAAACAUAUUUAAGCUAUGGGAGUCAUGCGAUGUCUUUUACUGCUCGAUUCUGCUGAAGCACGAAAGCAGCUUCAGAUCAUAUGUAAAUGAGUGGGUGUAAGUGUGAUCCAAUAAAACUUUAUUUACAAAACUCAUGGAGGGCUAGUUUGGGCUCCUUGGAUCAUAGUUGCUGAUUCCAAUCCCAAGUUCCAGUUUCGUAUGACCUUCUAAGUUUGGGUUUGCAUUUUCCCUUUGUGCUUUGAUUUUUAUAAUUCAUUUUUAAGAGCAAGAAGAUAUGUGUGUGUUUGUAUUUAUGUAACCUCAAGCUUUAUAUUUUAUGGUGUUUUAAGUAGAUACACUCCUUUGGAAUCUGUUAAUGUUUCAAGAUGACCUGACUCAACGAUAGAGACAAAAAAUUGCAGGGGACAGGGAGGAUAUGCUCUCAAUCAUUAUCCUCUCCUUGUCAUUGAAUGCCUAUAUUUCUGAUUCUCCAUGUACAAAGAAGAGUUUUGUGAUGUCAGAAUAUUACAUUCUUUGCGAGUUCUGCCUGCUUACUGCCCCCUGAAUGAGGACUCUAGAUUGCAGGAGCUACAGAAAUUCAUCUACUUGUGUACUCUUAGAGCUCUCUGACAAGAAUUGGUAGAAUUCCUGACCUCAAUGCUGCAGAAACCAAUCUUUUGAAAGAUUCUAAGCAACAGAAAAUGGGGUAUGUGCCCAUUUGCCAUUUGGCUGUCACCGUUUCUCCACUGCAGAGGGUGCUGCCCCUCUUACUCUAGAACAGUGUGGAUCAGAAGUUCAGAGAACAUAUCCAUCCAAGAGGUGUGUUCCCUUCCUCUGUCCUCACAGGGCACUCAGUACCUUUAGAGUCAGUAGCAUUAUUUCAGAAUGUUACUGUGCAUCAUUUUAGAGCAUCCUUUGGCCUCAGUGUUACACUUCCAAUAUUUAACAACUAAUUCAUUUCAAACUUGGUUUGAGCCCCAGUAACUACAGAACUCAGAAAAUUUCUCAUGAAAUCAUACAAACCAUAUUACUAUAUAUGCAUUACAAUGGACCGGUCAUUCUGAUAGAUAAUAUAUGUCUCACUAAAGAAGUAUAUCAAAUAGUUCACUAUUUUUGGAAGCGCUAGGAGAUAGGAGGCCUGUGUUCAGAAUGCCAGAGAUUUGCUAUGUCUCCUCUCCUACACAAAUGAGCCACCCUUCUGAGUCCAACAUACUAUAAGGUCACCUCAGCUCGCUGUGAAUGUGAGUUUGGGUACUCACACACAUACACCCACUUGCAUACAUAUAUACAUACGUGCAUAUGUACAUCCAUAUUAGUUUGCAGAGGACUUUAAACAGUUGCAAAUAUCUUGCAGCUAUUUGAAUGAUACAGUCUUGUACUGCAAAUUGCAUACCAGAAUACUUCUUGAAGAUAAGCUAAGCUCUUUGUGGGAAAGUAUUUUUUUAGAAAGUUUAGAAAUUAGUUUUUGCUAGGUUAAUUAAAUAAAGUGUCCCAAUUUUAAUUAUUGGAUUUGGAAGUUCAAAUGCCAUUCUUCAGCCUCACUGGUCUCAAAUUCACCAAAAUUUUUUCCUUAAACUAAUAAGUGAGGUAUAUACAGCAUUUUAAAUUAGAACCCACUGGCUACCCCUAAAUUGGUUUUCAGUCAUGUCCUCCAUAAUGCGAUUUUUAUAAAUUAAAGGUAAUAUUGUAUAAUAAAGGUCAAAUAAAGAUGUUCUUUUAAGUGAAAAUAAAUGUUUGUCCUUCA